AUGGCGGCCAAGAAUUUAAGACUACAAGGUAGUAUACAGACACUGAGGCCACCAGUUUUAACAACGCAAGAUGAUUGCAUCGACGAUUUGUAUGAGCGCAAUGCAUUCGGUGAUGAAGAUAAUUUGCUUGAAAGUACUACAGCAAAGGCCGGAACCAAAUCGGAACGAGACGCAAUAGAGUCAUAUGAUACCAAAGAUGCUAGUUGUAGCAAAUUUCAGGGACACAAGAUGCAAUUUGACGUGUGGGUAGCACGAAAGGACAAGUAUGAACGUAUGGCAAAAGCAUUGAAUCAGCUGGAUCCAAGUCGGGCUGCUGCUGAGGAGUCCUGGUUAGAGGUAGCGGUGGCGCUUGCAGCGACUGAUUGUCAACUAAAGACAGGAAAGACGUCAGUGUGUGACUGUCCAGGCGUGUGUCGUAAGCCUGCACAUUCUGUAGUCAGACAGCGCACGCGUUGUCAAUGUUCAGCGCGGAAAUGCUCUCUUUGCAGACGCUGCAUAGGUACAAAGCCAGGAGAAUUAACUCCAAAAAUGAUCGCAGUGCUGGAACCCUACGAAGGGAUCGUAAGCGAGGCUCUUAAUAGUACACCAACCAUAUUAGCCCUUGCAGAAAAACUUGCUCGCACAGGUGAAGGCCAAAGCCUUAGUUUGAAGGAUGGUACUAGCAUUCGCAUCACAACAGCAGCCUAUCGAAUGGCCCAAACUGUCCUGGCGCAGUGCAGCGUACUGGAAUCUACAGAAGGGGUGAAAUUACAACACCCUUGCACAUGCCCCGUUCGCUCACUUGGAGAUCUCUGGUUAAAAUGGAGCUCGAAAAAUCACACGUUCUCGCGCGUGCCCCUCACCGAAUUCGAAGCGAAUUCUUUCUCAGCAGGUACGCGACAGAUGAUGGAUCAAGAAAAAAACGAAGACGGCAUCAUGACAUACUACAUGACGCUUAAAUGGCACGCGGCGGUCAAGCCGCAGAAAGGAGACACUGCCAAGAUAGCUGCUCGUCGGGCGCUUACGACCGAUCAGAAGAGACAAAACGCUUUGUUCCUUCGACUUUGUAAGAAAUAUUGGCAAAAAGCUCAACUUCGCGUUGCUGAAUACCUUCAGAAGACGCUGGCUGCAACAGGAGAUGCACAAAACUCUGGUAAAUCUGUUUCAGAUGUUGAGAUGGCGGCACUAAACCGUCUAGGCGUGCGGCGUAUGUUGCAAUGGAUACAAGAAGAUGCAGAAGCUGUGGAGAAUGCGCGCCAGGAAGAAGCUCGUGAGAAGGUAGAGGGAGGACUUGUGGCGCACAAUGCUUGGGUACGCCGUAAGGACCGCCUUCGUAUUCGGAUGCCGAUUGCGGAGGUAAAUGAAGACGGCCGAUCUUCUCGACAUGUUCCACCACCUCGUUUUGACUUUUCCAUGGGCGCUGGUGUAGUGCGUCAUACCAAGCCUUGCCGUCCACCUGGCUCUACUGCUGAGCUCAUGCAGAAUAGCGGUCUUAAGUACGUACAUGCAAUGAGUGAAGGGUUUCAAGGUCGUGGAGGCGACUUGGAAAAGAGCAAACAAGUUCUUGUUCAGCAGGGUCAUGUGCUACGCGAGAAUUUUGACCAAGGCAUAGAAGAAAAUGACGAAGAUUCUGCUAAACCGACUUCCGAAGACCGCUAUCUUUUUGAACGCCGCAACAACCCCGUUUUGCGUAAGAAAGCUGAAGCAGACCGCCGUCGACGAGAGCAGAGUCGUGAAAAUUACGCAGCUUGGGUAGCACAUAAGGCAAUGCGAGACAAAGCAGUUAAUUAUAUGAAGCAUCUUCCAUCGCCACGCGAAGGGGCAGAAGAUGACCCCGUAAGCGAUCAUAAUACCAACUGCGAAGGCGAUUUCGAUAAGAAGUUAGAUUUAGGUGCUUCUGCGACGCCAGCGGCGGUGCGUUGGGAAGCAGUCGGGAAAGCACUUAAAGCAGUGGACCGCACUCUUUUAGAUACGUGGGUACGAUGGAGUCGCGGCUAUCGCAGUGCUGGACGCUGUCGAGCAUUCUGGGAUAGUUUUACUCCAAUUAGUUGUGACGUCCAUUGUACAUCUUCACCAUUGCGAAACGUAUUUCUGAAGCUGCUACAUUGUCGUCCAUCAGGCAUUAAAUAUCGACAGGCCUGUGUUGACUUGUGUUUAAAGCGACACAAAAAGGCUUUAGCUCGUGGAGAUGCCGUUGACAAAGACGGCGACGAGCUUGAUGAAGAUUUGGAUGACAGCAAGCUGAUCCAACAGUACGGAUCAGUAACUGGGCGCGAGCUAACUGCCUUGGUUCGAAGUGUUGGUGUUAUUUUGCAGCCCGAGGAAACGCAGCGGGUCGUAGAGUUCUUUGCAGAUCCUGAAGAGGUCCAAGCAUCAAGUGGGGCAAUUCGUAUAUCACUUGAGUCAUUCCUCGCUGUUGUGGGCGAUGAACGUCACGCAUCAUGCCGCGGAAAUACGGAUCAGUUGCUGAGAUCGGUUUGUAUGUGGGAGACUGUGUGCCACGAAUGUGGCAUGCUAAAUGCUUUCCAACUCGUACUCGGCACAGAAGGUUCCAAUCAUCGGCGUCGAGCAGAGCUACCUGGACAUGUGUGUCGACGUGAAAAUUAUGGGGGCAGAUUUAAUUGCUCACCUGAAAGUGAUAUGGUUGUUGUCCAGCGUGUAGCUCCCCGACGCUGCGCCUUCGCAGAGUGGGAUGAUACACAAGCCGCACCAUACCUAAAAAAGUUGGAGCUGUGGUCUGCAGCGCCUCGAGAACAGCACGUUUUGCGUGAGUUGGUGACCUCUGGGCAACCACCAAGUAUCCCUGUGCUCGAAAGGGAUGACGAUGAUGACACAUUGGAUAUGACCACAAUGCUACGUUUGCGGUGGAGGAUGCCAGAAUCGGGGGAUGGUGGACCGCCAGCUUUUUACCAGCUUGAAUCUGCAGGGGCCGAGGGAUCAACAACAUUUCGACUGAAUAAAUACCACGAGAUUUGUCGCGAUCCGAAAGAUUAUUCCGACAACGAUGGUCUCCCUCGUUGUAACUUUACUUUGAUCGGUUUGAUGCCAAACACCAAAUAUGCUAUCCGUGUUCGUGCACUAAAUGGCUUCGGGGCUGGUGCUUAUGCUUUCUCAUACUUCGUAACAGCUCCAGCAAGACCUGCUGAACCCCUGCCCAUCGCGAUCGCCCCUCACAGUGUAAAACUCGCUUGGGAAACUUCGUCAUACUAUGCACGGCGACUGCGAGAGUUGGAAGUAGUCUUUCGAGAGGCUGAUGCCGACGGUAAUGGUCGAAUAUCACGUGACGAGUUUAUGGAAGAAAUUGAACGCCGUAAACCAAAGCUUGUCGCUUUUCUCCAGCAGGCUACCGCUGGAGCGACCGCAACUGAUAAUAAUGCAGCACGACUGAGUGUAUUUGAUGCUAUCGAAACGGACGAUAACGAAAGCAUUUCAUGGGACGAAUUUCUUCGGUUCUUUCAUGAAGUUCUAGAUCUUAGUGAUACAGCAUCACAGAGCUCCCAAAUUUCCACAAGUUCUUCAAGGUCCUCGACAAGACAUCGUGGUUUGCUCAGUGGCUCAAAGUCAUCUCAUGCCAUAAAAAAAACUACAAAAAGUAGCAGCAGAGCAGCUUCGAAGUGUCGAUACAUUCUCAAACAAUGCCUCAACGAGUCCACACAGGAAUAUAUUGAGAUCUAUCGCGGUACUACACCCAGGUUUGAGGUAUUGGGACUGCACAGUGGAUCGACUUAUCAAUUCCGUGUACAGGCGAUCAAUGCAGAGGGUCGCGCUAGUCUGCACAGUGAACCUGUUAUCGUCAAUACACUGUUACCAACUCCAGCUUCACCGACAGUCAAUACGGCAUCUUCUGAGCCAGCAGUGCAAAGUGAGUGUUUGCAGCUGCGUUGGUCAGUGGCUAAGGCAUUGCCAAGCUUAUCUUCUGCGGCCUUGCGGGUGUCCGAUGGAACUGAUGGUGAAAUCUCUCGAUUGCUUAAGGAGUGGGCCCAAGAAACGAGUUUGGAUGAUGGUGCUGUUGACUUUAAGGUUCGCUUUGAUCGCUAUGAUGUUGAUGGCAGCGGAUAUCUCGAACUUCCCGAAUUUCAAACACUUUUGAGCGAGCUGGGUGUACCACCGACACCAGAACGACUCGCUGCAUAUCUCGCAGCCUUUGACCUCGAUUCCGAUGGCAAGAUCUCAUUUUCCGAAUUUGCGCGUUGGUGGACACAAUCUGAGGUGCACUACGUAUUAAAACGUGACGCUGGUUGUCGGGACCAAGAAGUACAAGCAACAGGUACCACGAAUGCAGACGAAAUGCGCCUUGUGUGCUACCGUGGAUCUGAGUCAAUAACUACCGUCAAUGGACUGGAACCUAACACUCGUUAUCGUUUUCGCCUUCGAGUCGUGGGAGCUCAUGCAUCAAGCGCACUUAGUGAAGCACUAACAAUUUGUACUGCUCCUAGCGUCCCAACGUGUGUUGGGAGAGUGGAGGUGGGCUUUGACAAAGCACUGGUUUGCUGGCAUCCAGGUCCUGGUGGAGCAACACGAUAUAUCGUGGACUGCAAACGCAUUGAGUGCCUGACUAAACAAGCUGUUACUUUCAAUGAAAAUGCAAGUGAAUGGCGUCGAGCAUAUGAAGGCCGCGAACCCCUGGCAUAUAUCCGUGAGCUGCAGCCUGAGACGGUAUAUCAAGUACGUGUGUUUGCACUGAACAGCAGCGGUAUUUCGAGCGCGCAGUCGACAAUCUCGCAACUUUGCACUGUCAGUAAGGAAUGUGCACAGCGUCGUGCCCGGUUGGUGAAACGGCCAUCAGGAGCUGCCGACUACUUCACUAUCGAAUGCGGUCCAGAGGAAGGAGACAUAGUACUUGGUGAUACAGUACUCUUCUGCGAACGCCUCAUGCGUCGCAACAACGAUGCUGAUCGUUCCUUAAAAUCGAAUUUGAAUUUGGCGCAAGCCUCAGACUAUUCUGUCUGUAGCUCUACUGGAGGCGCCGAGGUCGUCGGGGAACGCAACAUCGCAGCGAAGGUCGUUGGGAUCUCUCAAGAUCGUCGCCAGGGAAAUGUUCUGGCUUUGUGUGUUCUUUGGUGCACUGUUCAAAUUUACGACGUGGAAUCAUCGAAGGUUGCUUCAAGUCGUGGUGGCUACAGAAAGCAAAAUGUGUCAUUCACUCGCAGUUCUGAAGCAAGCGUUGACAGCUUCUCGCUUGCUCCUGACCUUAAGAUAUCAAGGCGUGAGCGUAAUUUGUAUCGCUUUGACACUUUCCGGGCGAAGUGGGAAGAUGAGGCUGCUCGAUACCCGGGUUCAUGGGAUAAAUAG